UCUCAGUCUCUUUUGCCGUCCCUCCGAAGUCUGGUCUGGUGCGCCUCAGUGGCGUUUUCUUUUUCUUUUUUGGCUGGAGGACUUUGUUUGACGGUUUCAAGUUUUGCUCCAAGUGAAUUUCGCUGAUGAAAUUGUAAUCUCAAGCGGAGAACUGGAAGAUUCAUCGCCUACAUCAACCAUGGAGAGCGACGAGGUUUUGAAGCUGGUCGACGGCAUAUACAAAAACAUAUUGGACAAAUUCAAUCCGGGUGCUCGGCAGCUGAUCAACGCCGGCAAGGCCUACCUCAAAGCGCUGCAUGGUUCCGCAGCUGCAGCACGAUUGUACAUUGACGCGAUUGCCAAAUUAGCUCAACAGGCUCAGCAGAGUGCAUGGCACGGAUCGUCAGAUGUUGGAACAUCCUUGAUGCAGAUCGCGGAGGUGUACCAGGAAAUCCACGCUCAGCAGAUGAAUGUCCUGAAAGCCUUUUACGUUGACCUGAUCGUGCCGUUGGAGAACAACCUCGAGAAGGACAUAAAAAUUGUGCAGUCGGAGCAAAAGAAAUUUUGCAACCAACACAAGAAUCGGCAUGAGACGUACUCGAAAGCGGCCAACACCAUGAAGAAGCAUCGCAAGAAGAACAAGAGCAAGGGCACGGCCAUCUCGAAGGAACUCAGGGACAUGCAGGCAUUUGAGGAGGAGAAAACCAAGCUGGACGGACUUUGCGAGAAAGGACUCAAGAAUGCAAUAACUCAAGAACGGCGACGAUACGGAUUUGUUUUGGAACGGCAGUGCAUUUUGGCUAAACACGUACUAUCCUAUCACUCUCUUGGAAGUGCCGCUAUGCAGCGGCACAUGGACGACUGGCGCGACGUUGCUCGGAACAGGGAAGUUCUGCCUGACACUGUGGAAUUGGCUUUUGCAAAUAAAAUGCAGCAACUGUCUUACUGGCCGGAUAAAGACAUUUAUUCGCAACCACGCACGUCCAUCUCAACCGAGGACUUGGACGAUAGUUGCUCAGUGGUGUCGCAGUUGCAUAAGGCCAAGAGCCUGGACGCGCACUGCUUCGAGAAGGGUGGCUCCGGCGGUGACUCGGGCUACUCGGUGUCGCACACCAAGCAACUGCCACGUACAAAGUCCGACUUCAACUUGACGAGCAACCACUCAUCUAUAGUGCAAGAACUGGAGCAGUACAAGAAAGGCCACCGCUCAAAGUCGAUCGCCGCCGGCGACGACGGAAGCGCUUCGCGAAACAAGAGAAACAACGAGAAAUUCUGCAGACUGGCCCGUGCCCUGUACGCGUACAUCUCGAGCGGCGAAAACCAGCUCAGCUUCCUCGAGGGCGAUGUCAUAGCCCUGAUGGGCGAGAGAAACAAAGGUUGGCAGUUUGGUGAAAACAUGAGAACUCAGCGCAGCGGUUGGUUCCCCUUGGCGUACACAGAACUGAUGGUUUCACAGAAUGAUUCGGAUGACAGCUCUCCCUCUCAGCGUCACAUCAAUCUGCAGAAGUCCGACACACCAAACUCGGGAAAUUCUGGAAACUCUGACUUUAGCUUCCGUUCAGCGGGUAAUUUGGAAGCUAUAAAUGGUGCUUUGUCGUUGCCAAACCUCAAGCAUGCUCCCAGCUUUAAAAAGACUCUCCAUCAGGAAGCAGCAGUUUCUUUUAACUCAUCUAACAUGCACCUAAACCUUCCUCCUGUUCCCACCAACUCUGCACCCAGGCCCAACAAAACCAUCCAAAAGCCAACCCUACAGAUCCUGACGCCCAGCUGGUCGACGGACGAGAAGAAAAGUCCAUCCAUCGACAACUCGAGCAGCAUGUACAGCAGCAGUGACAGCGGUUUCAUCAUGGAGCCCCCAGCUCUUCCCGAAGUUGAUUACGAAGACAACAACAAUAUACCGUUGAUCAAAAACAGCUUCUCUGCAAUGCAAACAAUGCCGAUGCCAAGCCCAGUGAAGACGUUUGCCGAGUGCGACAAACGCAAUUGGCUGCUGUACAAGUCGGCCCUGGAGUUGUGGGACGACGUCGAAAAGAACAACAAUGAUCCUGAGUUGGUCGACUACUAUGCCUCCUUGUCAAAGAUUCCACAGGUGCGAGCAACCAACGCUCCAGUUAAGAGGUCAAAAACACUCUGGGGCCUGAAAUUCAAACCUAAGAGUGGGUUUCUGACCGGCGGGAGGAAAAACGCAUGGCAGAGCUCGUCAUCCUCCGAGUUGGAUCUUUCCUCCAAAAACAACGUCAGCAAAACUCUGCAGAGACCCAGGGAGCCGCCUCCACUUCCACCCCUGCCUCCCCCCAGAAGGGAACUGCCUCCUUUUCCCAACAGGAUCGCCUCAUAAAAUGAUGGCUUUGCCCGUUUUAAGCGGUUUCGUAUGAUUAAAUUGAGUGAAUGUGUCGAGUAUUAAAUUUAUUAUAUAUAAUCACAUUGAUACAUAUAUGUUGCACUAAUAGAAAAAAUAAAUCAUCAACCACAUUUAGCCAAGAUAUAAUUGUACCGUGAAGGAACUUGUCGUAUUUAAAUUUUUUGGGCCUUUGGGUUGCCUUUUUUGUCCGAUGCCAUUUCUCUUUUGUAUAAUUUAACAAAAUAAAAUUGUGCUCUAGCUUGAUAUUUAAUAAAUUUUAUUAUUACUGAAUAAAAA